AUGAAUACUACGAUGACUUACUGUCCUCCAAAUAUUACCUUUUCCGAUAUUUGGGUGGACCAUGGAAUGUCCAAAUGCUUCAUGGACACUAUCAGUAUUGCAAUUAUUUCUUCAUAUUUAUUAAUUUUUGGUACAGUUCAACUUUGGAUGUAUCGGAAAUAUGGGACAGAAACUGCUGCAACUUUAUUACCUAGAAAUAAAUUGUACAAUGUUCAAAAAUUCUUCCUUUAUUUUGUUCCAAUACUUAGUGUAGCAAGAAUAAUUCUACAAGGAACAGUUUUGAAUGACAAUAAAAUAUAUGGUUACAUGAUUCUCACAACAGUAUUAACAAUAAUUGUGUAUCCAUAUUCAAUGUACAUACUAAAGGUAGAAAGGCAUAAACUGUUACCAAGUGUGCCACCACAAGGACAUGGACUUGUAUUAUUGGGUUUUUGGACUUUAGCAUUUGUUGCAGAAAAUGUUGUGUUUGUUAAUAUUGGUAAUGUUGAAUGGUGGUUUCAUUUAAACACAUUAACAGACCAGAUUGAGAUGGCACUGUUCAUUCUACGUUAUGUUAGCAACCUUAUUAUCUUUGCUCUAGGUCUCAAAGCUCCAGGAAUAACUGGCAAUACAGAUUCUGAAUAUCAUACUUUAAAUAAUGAUCCAACUCCACGGUCAAGAUAUUAUCAAGGUAGACCUGAGGAUACCAGUUCUACGUGGAAGAAUGCAUGGUAUAAGAUAAAAACUUUGAUACCAUUUUUAUGGCCAAAAUCUUUCAUGCUCCAACUCCGUGUUACUUUUUGUUUUGGACUACUUAUGUUGGGACGUUUAAUUAACUUAUAUGUUCCAAUUUAUAAUAAAAAAAUUGUGGAUAGUGUCACUGAUAUUCCUGUAUUAUUUAGGUGGGAUCUUAUAUUAAUAUAUGUAGCAUUCAAAUUCUUACAAGGUGGCGGUACGGGUGGUAUGGGGUUACUAAAUAAUCUUAGGUCAUUUCUGUGGAUUCGUAUACAACAGUAUACAACUCGAGAAAUUGAAGUAGAAUUGUUUAGACACUUACACAGCUUAAGUUUACGUUGGCAUCUAGGAAGAAAAACUGGAGAGGUCUUAAGAGUUAUGGAUCGCGGGACAGACUCUGUAAACAAUCUUCUCAAUUACAUCUUGUUUUCAAUUGUUCCAACAAUUGUUGAUAUCAUUGUAGCUGUUGCAUUCUUUGUUGUUGCUUACAACAAGUGGUUUGGCUUAAUUGUAUUUCUGACUAUGAGUCUUUAUAUAGCUGCUACAAUCUUGGUUACUGAGUGGCGUACUAAGUUCCAGAGACGCAUGAACUUAGCAGAUAAUGCUCAAAAAGCACGAAGUGUAGACAGUUUACUUAAUUUUGAAACUGUUAAAUAUUAUGGGGCAGAAUCAUAUGAAGUCGAUAGUUAUAGAAAAGCAAUAUUGGAAUUCCAAGCUGCAGAAUGGAAAUCAAUGAUAACAUUAAAUAUUUUAAAUACUUUACAAAAUAUAAUUGUUUGCAGCGGUUUGCUUGCUGGUUCUUUACUUUGCUUACAUAUGGUUAUAACCAAACAAGGUUUAACCAUUGGUGACUAUGUUUUAUUUGCGAGUUAUAUCAUUCAGCUUUACGUGCCACUAAACUGGUUUGGAACAUAUUAUCGCGCAAUACAAAAAAAUUUUGUUGACAUGGAAAAUAUGUUUGAUCUUCUGAGAGAAGAUCAAGAAAUUAUUGAUGCUCCAGGCGCUGGUCCAUUAAUAGUAAAACGUGGCUUACUAGAAUUUUUGAAUGUGACAUUUAGUUACACACCUGAAAAAAUUAUAUUAAAAAAUGUUAGCUUCGUCGUGCCAGCAGGAAAGACUGUUGCAUUGGUUGGACCAUCUGGAGCGGGAAAAUCUACUAUUAUACGACUAUUAUUCAGAUUUUAUGAUGUGGAGCAGGGUGCAAUUUUGAUUGACGGACAAAAUAUUAAAACCGUCACUCAGGAUUCCGUGAGACGAGCUAUAGGUGUUGUACCUCAAGAUACAGUAUUAUUUAAUAAUACCAUAAAGUACAAUAUUCAGUAUGGACAUAUUGAAGCUAUAGAUGCGGAUGUAAUAUCAGCAGCUCGAAACGCGGACAUUCAUGAGAGAAUUCUUUCAUUUCCAAAUGGUUAUGAUACACAGGUCGGUGAAAGAGGUCUCCGUUUAAGUGGCGGAGAAAAACAACGCGUUGCUAUCGCGCGUACGAUACUGAAAGAACCAGCGAUUGUACUUUUAGAUGAAGCAACAAGUGCACUUGAUACGCAAACAGAACGUAACAUUCAAGCAGCGUUAAACAAAGUUUGUGCUAAUCGAACGACUAUCAUCAUAGCACACAGAUUAUCUACGAUAAUACAUGCCGACCAAAUUCUUGUUUUACAAGAUGGAGAAAUCGUAGAGAGAGGCAAACAUGAAGAAUUGAUUUCUUAUAAUGGAAAGUACCAUUCCAUGUGGCAAGCACAAUUGCAAAAUGAUCAGGAGGCUACCAAAGAUUCAAACGAUGACGCUUCAGAAAGCAAAACAAUAAAAUCAUAAUUACGUUUGAUUUUAUUCUUUAAAUUUAAUAAUUGAUUUUUUAAAAAUGUAUAUUACUUAUCUGUUUGUGAAAACUGACAGAAAUCUAUUUGUAUCAAGUUACUUACAUGGGUAACUUACUAAAAAGAUGUAAAUUUAAACAAACAUAUACAUCUUAAUUUAAUAUCUGUUUUAAAUUUAUAUGAAGAAUUUGUGAUAGCAACUUCUUAGCUCUGUAGAUAGUUUACUAUGAUCAGAGCAUGAUACGUAUGUAUGUAUAGAGUUAUUAUUGAAAAUGGUCUAAUUAUUGUAGAUGAAUGUUUUUUGCAAAUGUCAUUGAAGUCUCAUUUUUUAAAAGAAUGAAUAAACUAAUGUUUAUGAUAACUAGAGUUCCUCAUCAGUUCCAUACUUAGUUGUAAAUAAACAUUUUUACUCAAUUGUUCACAUUUAUUUGGCACCAUUUAUUGUAUCAGAGACAGAUAAUUAAAAUUUAUUACAGUUAA